AUGGUCUUGACUUAUUUCCUUCCUUUCAUCUUAUGGGCUUGUCUGGGACAAGCCACUUUGACCCCUCGCAAACCGUUCGACACAGCGUUCUACGUCUUCAACGGAGCUUGGCCAUGUUCCCAAGAUCAGCUCAAAACAAUCUCCGGUGCCAUCGACGAGGCACAUGAUCUCGCCAAUGCAGCUAUCAAUGUCCUUUCAAAGUCUGGCUCUGAACAGUCGAUCGCCUUCGGCUCUUGGUUUGGCUCGAGCAACGGCACUCCUGAUCGAAGAGACAUCAUUCUCAAGAGACACUUCCAGGCCGUUCUGGAGAAUCUUGUCCCAUCCACUGCCGCCGCCCAAUUUCGACUCUCCCACAGCCCGUUCCUGAAUCCCCAGCAAGGCUUUACCAUCACUGAGUCUUCUCUGGUCUACGCCUGUCCUCCCGCUUCUGAGCCACUAUGCGAUGGCAAUACCGUGGCAGCUGUUCAAAGCGCAACUGGCUCUCGGGCAGCAGUAUUUGGGGCGACGCUUCUCGUUCUUUGCCCUGAUUUCUUCGAAAACAAGCCUAAUCUCGAUAGUGCUGUUCAACUGUGGAAAACGGAACAUACCCUGGGUGAUAAUCUGUCGCGUGGCUUUGCACUCGUGCAUGAAGUUCAGCAUAUGAUGCAAGCGACUGAAUCAGAAGAGGAACGAUGUGAUGACUUGCAGGACCCGUUUGAGGCUAAUAAGGACUGUUAUUCAGCUAGCUGCUGUUUCCGGCUUUCCGAUGCCCAAAAGAUCAAGAACGCUCAGAACUACGCUAUCUACGCACUUGAUGUAUUGGCUUUUCCUGAUACUGCGGGAUCUCCGUCGUCUUCAUGUAAUUUACCGCAGAAGCGUGAAGAAGUCCCCUUCUUGAACUUCUUCAAGCGUCAAGCACAGCCACUACCAGAAUCUGUGCCGCCUGCUCCUUUCCACAAUACUUCCGCAACAUUCGUUACCCUCCCAAAGACUAGCACGGAACCUUUGUCCUCCGAGGUUCCUGUAACUCCUACUAGCAACGUUACCACGCCAGGCGGGGUUCCUACAGAGCCGGUUACAUCUGAUAGCCCAAUCACCACUUCUUUCAUCGAGACCACGACCACGUCCUCAGCAGCACCAACUAUUACAGUCAGCGGUGGUGCCACAGUUGUAGUACCUGUCGGUGCCGUCGUUUUUGGAGGACCUGGUGGCGGUGUGAUCUCUGUUGGUGGUGUCUUAAUCCCCGUUGCUGCUGGUGCUGUCGUGACGGCCAAGCCUGAGGAUGAACAGAAGCCAACAGAUCCAGAUGACAAGUCCGAAGAGCCGACCAUCACUUCAACUCUAACCUCUACUUCUACGGAAUCAGAAUCAUGCAGCGUGCCAACUACGACGGCGACGUAUGGUUCAGAAGGAAAUGCAGUCUGUAAGGAUUUGUCAGGGAUGAGCAACGAUCAGCUCUUGCAACUCAUCCCAGAGUUUGGCCAAGUCAGCUCUUCAGCUGAGCCUGUACCAACCUCUACACCAGGCGCUUCCAAUACUUCCGCCAUCAUCUCAGAUACGCCUUCACCUUCAACCUUCUUGACGACACUAUCUCCUAAGCCAGAAGUUCCGACAUCUACUGUAAACACGACUUCAAUCCUAGUGACAAUUCCAGCCAGUGGCUCGAGUACUCUGGUGACUGUACCAAGUAUACAGACAACUGUCCCUUUUAUCGGUGACACGACAAACUGCAACCUAACAAAUGACGCGGUGAGCGAAUGUCAGAACUUGGUCAAUGGAAAGAGGGCUUGUCUUUACUCUCAGUAA